GCAUAAAUAAACAUUAGGGGCUGCCUUGAACGAUUUAAAGAAGUGAAACAGCUGAUUGCUAGUGUUAUUAACUUAUUCAGUGAAUAACUUAUUGUGCUGUUACCGUUGGCCAAAUCGGCUAAUUUUUUUUUGUUGGUUAAUAAAUCCUAGAUGUAGAUUCCAGACAGUCUAAAAUAGUUUAGAUUGAGUAGAUCUAGAUUUUUAAUCAUUUAUUAUAAUAGACCUCGAUCUCUAUUUUCAAGUAGAUAAUCUAUUCUAUAAACUAGAUAUAGAUCUAGAUCUAUAAAGUUAAUUAUAAUUAUAAUAAUAAUUUGAUAAUUUUGUUUUAUUUGCCGACAAUUGACACUAUAAAUACAAUAAUAAUAAUUAAUUGUCAAUACUAAUACUGACAAUACAUCUGAUCCUAUGUAAAGUAUGUAUCUACUAGUCUAAUUUAUUCUAAUCUAGACUCUAGACUUAUAUUUUUAUAUUUACAUUAGUGAUUAGAUUCUAUAAUAGUAUAAUCUGCAUAUGACAUAGAAUCUAUCACAUAUGAUAAUUGCCAGUGCAUUGGACCAUUGGCAUUGGUGUUUGUCUGAUUGGAAUUCUGAUUGACGACACUUUCUUCAUGCUUCCUCCACUGUACCUUGAAGAAUGACUUUUGAUAAGAUUGAUUCAGUGGGAUUCAAGUAGUUUAUAAUACACAUUCACUUGUGAACAGAGCAGAGUAACCAAAAUCUCAUCACCAGUGAUAGCACAAGGUACAGGCCCCAGUGCCAUCAGGUACAGGUCCCACUGUCAUGGCCACAAGCAUGGACCAGGAGCCCAAGAAUAAUGGAGAAGUCAGUGAGGCCCAUAAAAAAAGGCCAGUGGAAAAUGGAAGUCUGUCUCCACCAUUCUCCCCGUCAAGGACCAAGCUUCCAAGGCACAGGCCCAGUGAUCUGGACGAGGAGCUCUCCAAGGCCGGGGAGUCGCUCCACUACUCUAUGUGGUCAGAUGAGGCGGUGCAGGUCAAGUUUGAGCUGCCGAGGUACCCCAUCCAGGAGAAGGAGAGCCGGGAGUACUUUGAGCGACAGUUAUCGAUGAGACACCUUGGUAAACAAGGACAGAGCCUGCCUAUUUCUCCAAAUGAAAGUCGAUUGUCAACUUAUGACGGGAGCACCACCCCUGUCCAGCCCAUCAAUAGCACCCCACUUGAUCGGCAGUACCACUCCAAGCACAGGCUCUCCGGAGUGUAUCCCAAGGCAGAGUACAUUCUGCCUUCGCAGGUGAUCAGCGAGCUGGAAGAGGAACUAGAGCUGUUGCCAGACUUUCAGAGAAUCAAUGUUUCUGGUGAGGACUCCAGUGGGGUCCCAUUCAAAGAUCUCCAGGCUGCCUCCAAAAUGCUGGUUCUGGCCUUGAUGAUCCGGGAGAAGUACAUGGCCUUGAGCAAGCAGACCUUCCCCAGGCUGACCACCAGGUUCCUGGAGAGUCUUGAAGGAGAGGGAGAUUUUGACGCGCUCAAGUUUGGACAAAUCAAGAACACCAGCAUCAUUGACCCUGAUAAAUUCACUGAAUCAAGAGGCAGCACCCAAGUAGAUAAAUUGGAAGAUCACAGUGAUGGGAACUCAUCGUCAGAAAACUCUGAUGAAGGCCAAAUAAUUGUUAAUAGUGGGCCUUACUAUGAACUGAAACAAACACAAACAGAUCACCCCAUCCACCCACCGCCUACUUAUGGCGACCCUUUCAAAGUGGAGCUCCCUCCCCCUGCCCAUUGCUUCCUGAGGUUUGAGAAAGGUGUGAUGGUUGUCUACUCUAGCGAAAAAGCAGCUGAGGAGAAUAAGCCUUUCGACUGGCCGCACCCAAACCUGGAAGAGUUUAUCAAAGAUCAGAAUAUAUUGUUUGCUAUGAUCAGUGAUGGUCCCCUGAAGUCCUUUAGCUAUCGGAGGCUAAGUUACCUGGCCAACAAGUUUCAACUGCAUGUUUUGUUGAACGAGUUGAAAGAGUCGGCUGCCCAGAAGGAAGUGCCACACAGAGACUUUUACAAUGUUCACAAGGUGGACACUCACGUUCAUGCUUCGUCAGGGAUGAACCAGAAACAUCUCCUGCGCUUCAUCAAGAAAACCAUGAAGACUAACAAAGACGAUGUGGUGUGUAAGAAUGAAUCAGGAGAGUGCAUGACCCUCGCCCAGGUUUUCAAAUCGAUGAAUCUGACGCCCUAUGACCUCAGUGUAGACAUGUUAGAUGUUCAUGCAGACAGAAACACUUUCCAUCGUUUUGACAAGUUCAAUGCUAAGUACAACCCUGUGGGAGAGAGUCGACUGAGGGAAGUCUUCAUGAAGACAGACAAUCACAUCAACGGACUCUAUUUCGCUAAAGUCAUCAAGGAAGUGAUGGAAGAUCUGGAAGAGAGCAAGUAUCAAAAUGCAGAGCUACGUCUGUCUAUCUACGGCCGCUCCAUUGAUGAGUGGGACAAGUUGGCCAAGUGGGCCACCACACACAUGAUGUACUCUGACAAUGUCCGGUGGAUGAUACAGAUGCCCAGACUCUAUGAUGUCUAUCAUGCCAACAAGUUGUGCAGCAGUUUUCAAGACUUUCUGACCAACACUUUCCAGCCUCUCUUUGAAGUAACCAAUGACCCUAGCUCUCAUCCAGAAUUACACGCCUUCCUUAAUCAUAUCUCAGGGUUUGAUUCUGUGGAUGACGAAUCCAAACCAGAGCAUCUCAUGUUGGACAAGGAUUCUCCCCUUCCAGCAGACUGGACCCUGCCACACAAUCCUCCCUACAGCUACUACCUGUACUACAUGUAUGCCAACAUGGUGGUUCUCAAUAACUUCAGAAGACAACGAGGCCUUUGCCAGUUUGUCCUGCGUCCACACUGUGGUGAAGCUGGCAAUGUGACCCACCUUGUGUCUGGGUUUAUGCUGGCGGAGAGUAUUGCUCAUGGCCUUGUAUUGAGAAAGGUCCCAGUGCUACAAUACCUGUUCUACCUGUCUCAGAUUGGCAUCGCCAUGUCACCCCUCAGUAACAACUCCUUGUUCCUCAACUAUCACCGCAAUCCACUUCCUGAGUACUUUAAUAGAGGCCUCAAUGUGUCUCUGUCAACAGACGAUCCCUUGCAGUUCCACUUCACAAAGGAACCUCUGAUGGAAGAGUACAGCAUUGCUGCCCAGGUUUGGAAGUUUUCUACCUGCGACAUGUGUGAAAUUGCGAGAAACAGUGUUCUGCAAAGUGGAUUUCCUCAUGAGGUCAAAAAACAUUGGCUGGGACCGAACUAUUUGUCUGAAGGUAUCAGUGGCAAUGAUGUCAGCCGAACCAAUGUCCCAGACAUACGAGUGGUGUACAGGUAUGACACCUUGGUGGAAGAGCUCCGCUGUAUCUGCCGAGGGGCAAAAGAACUUGACAACACCGAAGGGAAACCCGCCAAAACUCUAUGGUGAGUACACAAGUAGGUGGUCUCCCUUGGUUUGCUGCAGACUAUUCCACAUCUCUGAAUGCUACAAGUGUUCUCAUUUAUUUUUAAAGCAAUUUACUUAGACUUCAGCCCUAGUUUGAGCCUUGAAAGUUUUAACAGAUUACAGUUUCAAUCAAGCAAGAAGUGACUUGCUUUCAUUUGAAAGAACAUGCACACACACUUUAUCAAUAAUAAUUCUGAAUCAUGUUCUUACUGUAACAACAGCAAUGUACAAAUAUUUGAACAUAGGCAUUACUUUGUACUUUAGAUGUGCUGAGAUGAAAUGUUUCAACUUUGGCAUUACUUUGUACUUUAGAUGUGCUGAGACAAAAUGUUUCAACUUUGGCAUUACUUUGUACUUUAGAUGUGCUGAGACAAAAUGCUUUAACUUUAUGUUUCAACUUUGGCAUUUUUUUUUUUUUGUACUUUUAAUAGAUGUUCUGAGUCUAUAGAACUCACAAAUAUUUUGUUCAAACCUCUACAUCAGAUGAAAUAUUUGGUCUCAAAUAUUCAAAGUAGGCUACUAUUGUGUUCCAACUUUUACAUUUGUAUUAUGUUUAUUUUUUUUAUCUACUAAUGUUAUUUUUUUGUGAAAUAAUGCUAUAAAUAAUAGAUUACAUACUUUUUGGUACAAUGUUUUUGUUUGGUAAUUAGAAAUAGAGAUAUCUAUUUUUUUUUAUAUUUGUAUGAAGAUAGAACAAGGAGAGAUACAAGAUUUAGGUUGCUGUGUGGUCUGCUUAUAUCAGACUGUCAUCACAAUGGUACAGAGUUUGAAUCCAGCCCACUGACAUCCCUGCUGUCCUGCAGGAGAUCUAGGCUAUGAGAUAAUAAUCUGGUAUGCUCCUCACACUGUCAUUAUGAGGGUCCUGAGUUUGAAUCCAGCCCUCUGCCAUUCUGCAGGAGGUCUAGGCUAGGAUUUAAUAAUCUUCAUUUAUGAAGGAAUGUCCCAAACUUGUAAAACAAACAGGAGGGGAGGGGGAGGCAGUGGCUUGACCAGGUUGUAGAUCAUGUGGUUAAUAAUCUCUCUUCAUUUUUUCUUAUUUUUUUGGUGUAAUUACUUUCUUCAUUUAAAAAGGGCAUUUCAAACAAUUUGAUGAUAGAAAAUAAAUGUUUCUCUAAUCAAAUCAAUUUCUCAUAAGCAGAUUUUUUUUCUUUUUGCUCACACAUCACUGUCUUCAUGAGAAUUUUCAAAUGUAAUUUACCCCUACACAGAGUAGACUAGUGGACAGUGUCCAGUAGACUUGUGUAGACCAGUGGACAGUGUCUAGUAGACUUGUGUUGGUAAUGGAAAUCACAUUCUAAAAACUUGGCCAUUUCAUUCUGUCUCUCAUGCUUUGAUUCAAAUAAGACUUGAACUCAUUGUACUGAUUGUUAACUUGUUGACAUUUUAUUUCAUUUCUAUUGUCUUGUAUUCUUGUAAAUGUACUUUUGAAGUGUUUAAACUUUAAAGUAACACUUUCUGUUGUCUUGUAUUUAAGCCAGGGAAAUACAUCUCUGCUGUGUACAUUUUUUUUUUUAGAAUGUUUAUUUAAGGGGGUGAACACUCUGGCAUUAUUUUCUAUUGAACUCUUUAGAGUGUUCAGCAGUUUAUCUUGGGGAGGUAACUACUUAUUAAGCAAGUUAUCAUGGGGAGGUAACAGCUUGUUAAAUAUGUUAUAAUUGGGUGUUAGCUACUUGUUAAAUGAGUUAUCACUGGGAGGUUACUACUUGUUAAAUAAGUUAUAAUGGGGAGGUAACUACUUGUUAAACAAGUUAUAAUGGGGAGGUAACAACUUGUUAAACAAUCGGCAGAUAUGAUGUUUAAAUAAUAACAAUGGCAUAUAAUUUUAUGCUCAGCAAUUUAACAUAAAGGCUGUAUUGCUAGACCAAUUGCCAUAUAUUCUGUAAGAUUCUUUAAUGAAGAUAAGGUGGAGUGUGCCGGCACUGUAUAUCACCUAAGCUACGCAACCCAAGCUGUGAUCUACAAUGAUAAUAAUAUACAAAAAGAUAAUACAAUAUUGCUGAUAUGUAUGUUUAUAUGCAUUUGAGUGUGUAAUAUUAAGAUGGAAUGGACGGGCAUUGGGGCAUUGGCAUCGGGGCAUUGGCAUCGUGUGUUUUGUUUUGCUGUGCAUUUGUAAAACACGAUGUAACUGUAUUUUUUUACUCACACCAAUAAUGUUCAGUGGGUCCCAAUAUUGCUUGGCUCGCUGUUUGGUGACGGAUUUAAUCAUUGGUCAGAAAAGUUGUAGGAAUCAGAUCCAACAUCUCUUUGUAGUUAGUACCAAUUCUUUUUUUUUUUUUUGUAUUUAUUCAAUUGAUUUUUUUAAUUUUUCAAAUAAUUGACUUUUCAUCAAUAUAAGCUUGUUAGGGUGGUGUUGUUUUUUUUUUGCGAUAGAGAAAAUCUAUAUCCUAUGUCUAAUUGUUGUUUUUUGUUUUUUUCUUAGAUUAGAUAAAGCAAACAUACAUCGUGUGUCUAAUAGUUUAUGUUGGGUUUAUUUUUUAGAUGGAGCCAACCUAAAUCUUAUGACUUAUGUCAAAGAUUUUUUUUUUUGGACAGUUUUACUAUAAGUUCCUUUAUUUGUCUCAUUGUAAAACCCAGGUUUAAGGAAGUUUAAGACUGUAGGUUAUUGUGCUGGCCACGCAAAUUAUUUUUUACCCCCUAAUAAACCAAAUAUUAAAAAAAAUAUGUAUGCAUUUGUCAAUACCUGGUAGGCAUUCUAUGAAUUCCAUAUUGUGAUAUUUCCUUGAUAUAAAUAUAUAUACACACUUAAAACCUCUAAACAUGUAUUCAUUAUAUCCUUUUUUUGUAUACAUAUAAUUCAUGUUGAAUAGUUUGUACUAUAAACUAAGGGUUUGUUAUUCUAUGGCAUUCCUGUUAUAACAUUGUAAUCCAGUUACAUUUUGUUAUUGUUUAUUCAGUUGCUGAAUGACUUAAGUCAGCUGACUGACCAUCAAAAUGGAUCAGAUUGAAAAUUUCAGAUGUUUCACUUGCAAUAAACAGAUGAUAUAUUUUAUUAGCAUAUUUCCAAUGGGGGCUUGGUGGCUGAGUGGUUAAGCACUUGGCUUCUGAACAUGGGAUUCUGGGUUCAAAUCUUGGUGAAGACUGGGAUUUUGGAUUUCAGAAUGUUCAGGGUACACCUGAGUCCACUCAACUGUAAUGGGUACCUAACUUAAGUUGGGGAAACUAAACCCUGCUCGUUAACCGUUGGCCAAAGAAAUAGAUAAACUUAACAUGAUCUGCCCUAUAUUUAGCAAGGUCUGAAAUGGAAACUUUACUGGAUUGUUAAUAUUUCAUUAUUUGAACAGAUUGGAGUUGGUUAGUGUAUAGGCCUAUCAGUAUGAUCUGAUCAAUAGUUUUUCCCUUAUAGGUUGUUAAAGCUAUUUGAGGUUAUAUUUGUUUUGUUUUUUUUGCUGGGACGGGAAGGUGAUAAAGUUUUUAUUUUUCAUACUUUGAUGGUCAGCUUCCAGUUCUAAUAAUACAUUUAAAUCAAUUAAAGUUGAAGUCCUUUGAGGAUUGGGGCAACAGCAUCAAUCCUGUGAGCAUUGGAUUUUGUACAGUGAUUAGGACAAAGAAAAAGACUCUUUAGCCUUCGGUCUUUCUCUCCAUCAGAAUGAUCCAAUUGUUCACGUCUGCUUGAGCUGGAGACACAUCAUUUAUUAAGUGCUGCCCUCUAUUCCAUGUGCUCCAGGCACUGGUGAGGCCUACAAUGUGACCUCCCCCUUUGUUGGAGAACUCAUUUCAGAUUUGAUCACCAGAUUGUAACUGUUGUUUACUUCGCUUGUUUUAUAUGAAGUCACUGCACUAAGGGUCAACAGUUGUUGUUUUGUACUAUUGUCCCGAUCUGAUGUCUUUCUGUGUAUCAUUGUAUCAAUAAAAUCAGAUCUGUCAACAACA